AUGAGCGGGGGUUGUGGUUUGAGUCGUUAUGCAGGCUUGGCUUCCGCAGUCUCCGGAAUACCGCCACCUCCAUUACCAGCAGAUUUCCGCAGUCGCCGGAAAUUUUGUGACUCAGCAAUCCAUGCGGCACCCAAACCGGAAUCUAUCCCUCUUCCGCCUUCCGAAUGGAUGUCUUCCUAUCCGUUACCUCUAGUUGGUAUUCCAAAGGAAAUGGGAACAGCAGUCCAAAAGCUGAAGGCCGUUCUGCACUGUAAGGCAGCGUAA